GUACAAUGCGGCAUCUUGGGAUCUCGAGAGGCAGCGAUGCAUCUGCCCAGCAGCAGCAGCAGCAGCAGCCGCAGCAGUAGUUGUUCUCAUUCGGCGGACCAGCGCUUGACGGAACGGAUGUGUGCGUGAUCAGAGAUCUAGGCAUCCAGAGAUCGCAUUCGAAAUCAGAUCAGAUCGAUAUAUCCGCGAGAUAUAAACAUAGGAUACUAUACGGGAUAAUCAGUUCGCACUUGGCCGGAAGAAGGUGGCAAUUGAGACAACUCAACGCUUUCUGCCAGUCGAAUUAGAAAGAAAACAAAUAAAAGAAGUUCAAGUCAAUCAAUCAGCUAACACAGGGAAUUAAAAACAAAAAACAAAAAAACAAAAAACAAAAAACUACAAUCGGGCAAAUUUUCGCCAGUCAACGCGAUCGGGCCAUAAAAACAAUUCGAAGAGAAUUAAUUUGAUUUUUCAUUCGAUUCUUGAACUCGAUCUCGAUUCUGAUUGACAACAGCGAAAGGUUGGCGUUGGAUUUUCGCACCACUACAUACUUUUUUUUUGCAGUGCACAGUGAGUGAGUGAGUGAGUGAAUGAGUGAGUGAUUGUGUGUGGGUGCAAUAAUCAAAUUUGACAACUGCGCGAAUAACGUUCGAGAUCAAAACAAAUUGUGCCGGAAUAAAUGGAAUAAAUGGGCCAAGAACUCGCUGCGAUUUCCUUUCUUCCACUGUGAGCAUCACAUAUCCAGCCAUCAUAUAUAUAUAUCAUAUAUAUAUAUAUUCCAACGAUCACGCUCGCCAUGACGCACCUGAUGGGCCCCACUGAGUGCGCCGGCGCCAUGAUGACCACCACAUCCAUGCAGUUCCUGGACACCAGCCUAACGGACUACAACUGCUAUGGCAACGACUACUGGACAUCGCCGUACAUGACCGGCGGACUCAGUCCCAUGAAGCAGAUCGAAGCCUGCAUCCAAACGGCUGGCAAGGAUCGCAGCUCGUACAAGCCGCUGGAGCAGAUCGAUGCCAAAUUGGCGGACAUCGAGACGCACAGUACAGGCAGCACUGGCACCGCGAACAGCAACAGCAGCACCAGCAGCAUCUCGAAUCCCAGUUGCCCGGAUCAGUCGUCGUCGUCGUCAUCGUCGUCCGUAUCGCUGCCAACCGAUUAUGCCGGCGUACACAGUGAAGCCUCGAUGGCACCAACAGCCGGCGGCACGGCAGUCACAACGACAUCAGCUGGCGGAGUCAGUGCAUCCACCGCGUCCAAAAAGUUCAAGGGACAGCACAAAAAAGACAACAACAGUGCGGAGAACGGUACAGUGAAGCCCAAUAGCCAUAAUAUCAGCAAAGGUGAAUCGGAGCCAGUGCAUCCAUCGCUGGCCCAGGCCAUUGUGGUGCUGGAGACGAAGGCGCUGUGGGAUCAGUUCCAUGCCCAGGGCACCGAAAUGAUCAUCACCAAGACGGGCCGACGCAUGUUUCCCACGUUUCAGGUGAGGAUCGGUGGUUUGGAUCCACAUGCCACCUACAUUUGCAUGAUGGACUUUGUGCCCAUGGAUGACAAACGCUAUCGCUACGCCUUUCACAACUCCUGCUGGGUGGUGGCUGGCAAGGCGGAUCCCAUUUCCCCGCCCAGGAUUCAUGUGCAUCCCGACUCGCCAGCCGUCGGCUCCAAUUGGAUGAAGCAGAUCGUGUCCUUUGACAAAUUGAAGCUCACCAAUAACCAGCUGGACGAAAAUGGACAUAUCAUUCUGAACUCCAUGCAUCGCUACCAGCCGCGUUUCCAUCUGGUUUAUCUGCCACCGAAGAACGCCUCCUUGGAUGAGAACGAGCACUCCAGCCACUUUCGCACUUUCAUCUUUCCGGAAACGAGCUUUACGGCCGUAACUGCCUACCAGAAUCAGCGGGUGACACAGCUGAAGAUCUCCAGCAAUCCAUUCGCCAAAGGCUUUCGGGAUGAUGGCACCAACGAUGUAACCACUGGCGGUGGCAGCAGCAUGUCCUCCAUGAGUCACGAAAGUCAGGCGCGCAUGAAGCAGCAACAGCAGCAGCAGCAGCAGCAGCAGCAGCAACUGCAGCAGCAACAGCAACAGCAGCAGCAACUCAAGGAGCGAACGGCAGCAACCAGCAACUUUGGCCUGAGUUGCAGCGAACUGGCCAUUGAGCAACAGCAGCAGCAGCAACAGCAACAGGGAGUUCUGCAGCUACCGGCCACGCCCUCCAGCAGCUCCACCUCCGGCAAUUCACCCGACUUGCUGGGCUACCAGAUGGAGCAGCAACUGCAACAGCAACACCAACAGCAGCAGCAACAGCAACACCAGUCCCAGCAGCAACAUCUCCACCAGCAACACCAGGCUAACCAGCAACAAUCGCUGCUCCAACAGAGCCAGAAUCACACGCAAUAUGGCAGCUAUCAUCAUGCGUACCAGGCACAGGUGCAGUCGCAUCCCCUAACGCCGCACUCCAGCAGCUCCGCAUCCCCGCCAGCAACUGCUGCGCCGGGCGCAAGUGCAGCAACAGCAGCAGUAGCGGGAGGAGCAGGAGCAGCAGGAGCAGGCGGAGCAACGUCAGCCACACAAGUGAUGAGUGCGGCCAAUAUCUAUUCGAGCAUUGGACAACCCUAUGCCCAGGAGCAGAGCAACUUUGGUGCGAUCUACCAUCAUAAUGCUGCUGCCGCAGCGGCCGCUCACUAUCAUCAUGGUCAUGCCCACGGCCACGCCCAUAGCCAUGCGCACGCCCACGCCCACGGACCAUAUGCCAGCGCCUACGACAAGCUGAAGGUGUCGCGUCAUGCGGCAGCUGCCGCCUAUGGCAUGGGCGCCACCUAUCCAAGUUUUUACGGUUCGGCUGCACAUCACCAGAUGAUGCGACCGAAUAGCUACAUAGAUCUGGUGCCGCGCUAAGGGAGCACCAACUGGGAAGAGAAGGAUUUCGGAUUUCGGAUACUCUAAGCAAUUAACUGUAAAAUUAUUGUAAAAUCCAAACAAUGACGUAGUCUAUCAUCCAUAGCCAAAGCUAUACAUAUAUAUGUGUAAAUCUCAUGCCAAAGAUUCGUUCUAAAAUCAAGAAUCUAUUUCCAAAGUUUAGAAAGGAAGCCUUUAAUUUUCGCCCAUUAAAAAAUGUUUUAACAAAACAAUAACAUAACUAAGCUUAAGCCAAAACUAUAAUAACAGGAAUUAUUUUUUAGCAAGCUUAAUUUUUAAGCAUUCAAAUUCAUUCUUUUUUUAAAGGGAUUUGAUUCUUGAUUUUAGAAUCAAUUUCAAGUAUUAGCAGCCAGAAAACCAAAAAUAAAUGCAACAAGUAUUACAAGUAUUUCUACAUACAAAAAUUACCAUUAAAAGUUAAAAUAUUUUUUUUUUUCUAGCUUAGGACGUAAAUUUUAUUGAUUUGUGUGAAACUGAAAACGCAUAAAACAUUUCGGUGUAAACUGUAGUGUAAUUUUAAU